UCCUGCCUCUAGGCCACUUGCUGCAGGCUGAGUUACUGUGAAAGGCUCAUCUUCUCUAGGCUGUCGGGCUUCUCUCUCACUGAAUCCCAGCUGCCAGAAUGGUGGUAGAGCUUUAUCUGGAUCUCCUCUCCCAGCCCUGCCGAGCCCUCUUCAUAUUUGCCAAAAAAAACAACAUCCCAUUUGAGUUCAAGCAUGUGGAGCUGCUAAAAGGGCAACACCUUAGUGAAGAGUUUGGCAAGGUGAAUGUGCUGAAGAAAGUACCAGCGUUAAAGGAUGGAGCCUUCACCUUAGCAGAGAGCAUUGCGAUCCUUCUCUAUCUGAGCCGAAAAUUCAACACCCCUGAUCACUGGUACCCUUCAGACCUGCAGAAACGCGCCCGGGUUGAUGAGUACUUGUCCUGGCAGCACACUACCAUUCGGGAGAAAGGGUGCCAAAUUUUCAUAAUCAAGGUACUGGUGCCUCUCCUUAUAGGGCAGCCAUUUUCUCCAGAGAAGCUAGAGGAGGCUGUCAAGGAACUGAAUUCUGUUCUGAAUCAGUUUGAGGAGAAGUUCCUUCAGAACAAGCCCUUCAUUGUGGGCAACGAGAUCUCCCUGGCAGACCUGAUGGCCAUUGUAGAGCUCAUGGAGCCUGUAGGAUGUGGCUGUGACAUCUUUGAGAACAGGCCAAAGCUGGUGGAGUGGCGCAGCCGGGUGGAAGAAGCUGUGGGGAAGGAGCUCUUCCAGCAAGCACAUGAGAUACUCCUGAUGCCAAGAAUCUGAGCACCACUCAACUUCCCCCAGAACUGAGGGAAUCUAUGAAACGGCUUCUAAAACCUUGAAUUAAAAAGGGGAAGUGUUCCUCUAAACAAAGCUAAUCCUGUGUGGGUUUUUCCUGCAUGUUUCACUCCCUUCUCCAACACCACAUCUAAGUGGCCUUCCUGCCCAAAAGGAAAGAACAGCAUCUUACUAACAAUAUUUUAACCACAGCCCUUCCAUGAUUUACAGAAGGGGAGAUACUAUCUUUUGUUGUUACAAACACUGAAUCACCCCUGUAGACAUGUGAGCUGCAGUAUUGGUAGGGGCUCCCCUUUCCUUCCUUGACUCAUCCUCACUGGACCUGCCUGAGACUCUCAGCAGCUCAAUCCACAUUGUCACUCAGCAGUGUGCAAGGCCCCAGUUCCUCACUAGCUAGAAGCCUACAUUUCCGAUACUUGCGUGCAUUAGUGUUGCAGUCACAUUGUGCAGGAGGGGCUGAGCAAUUUCCAAAUGACUUAGUCUCAAAAUACUUUUCCUUCCCCCUAAUUACACUACAAUCUUAUGGUGGGAUAACCAAAUCUCUCAAGGGUGUGAAAAACGCACACUCCUUGGCAACCUAGAUUAUACCAAUUUAGCCCCCACCGUAGACAGCGCUAUGUUGACAGGAGGAUUUCCCCUGUCAAUGUAGCUACUGCCUCUCAUUGGGGUGAAUUAAUUAAGUCAACAGGAAAGCUCUCUCCUGUUGGCUUAGUACAGCUCCUCUAGAGAGCAUACAGCGGUGCAGCUGUAUGCACUGCAAGCUCUCUAGUGGAGUCAUCCUCGCCCCAGUCUGCAUGGAGAGUAGGCUGCAGAUUCACAGCCUUACCAAUGAAAGAGUAAAGAGAACCUCCAGCUAAAUGGGUGAGAAGUGGACAGAGACAGCUUCUGGGAAGCUGGGCAUGAGAAUUUCUAAGCAAACACAUGUUUUCAUCAGUUGGAAGCUACUGAAUCCAGCUCCAUGAACCAGCUGGGAUGGGGUAUAUGUAGGGGAAGACAAGUCUGAUCCAGCAGACACUCAUGAGUAACAGUAUGUCCGAUCUUCAGGUGGAACUAUACACACGACUAAAGAUACAUUUGUAUUGGCAGGCUCAGGCUUUAAUGUGCAAGGAAAGAUCUAAUGUAUGAACAAAAGCUGCAUUUCCAACCGAAGCUUCUGCCGGCAUGCUGUGCCAUGCUGAGUGUUCAAUGCCUCCUCAGCUAAAUGAGACUCUGGCUUGAAUUGUUUUGGGUUUUUUAAUGCAAAGAAUGAAACAAAAGUCAGAGGGGGUGGAUGGACCUUCUCAUGGGCCUUAAUAAGCCCAACAUGAUUUACUAACCAAGCCAUUAUAAUUCAUAACAGAAAGGGCCAAGCCUCUGCUGUACUCACAAAUGCAGAAUGAAGGGAGGCCAUCUGGCAGACCUGUACAGAAGCACAUGGCUCAGCUUACAGGUGCAGUGGGAAAUGGCUUGGUUCCCCUCCAACCAAACUACCUUUCCUACACUCAUGGUUUGUAUGCUGCAUGGGUCCCAGGAUGUCAAGGUGGGUGAGGUAAUAUCUUUCAUUUAAUAGAAGCUGGUCUAAUAAAAACUACUACCUCACCCACCUUGUCUCCUACUCCCCACAGGAAUUGGGUACAAAUGGCCAAAUUCAUUCCUAGCACAGCUCUGUUGAAGUCCAAGCAGGGAGCCAGGCUUACAGAGCCUUUCCCUCUGGUCUCCUCUCCCCCUACUCCAGCCAGGAGCAUUCUUCUUCUCUUGGCAUUCUGCUGCUGGGGAAUUUAGAGUUGCUUUUUGAGCUCCAUCCACUUCAGGCCAAAGUGAUGAGCAAACACUUGAGCUAGACAAUCCUGCCUGUGUUUCCUUUCCUCCUCUUUGGCCUCCUGCUUUCCCUUCCCAUCCCAUUCCCCAUCUGCUUCAAGUGAGAAGGUGGAUCAGGUGGCUGCCAAGGUACACUGUUCACAUUCUGGUGAGGCAGGGAGAAAUGCCACUUUGGCCUGGUCCCUGUCUCUUUCCUCUGGAGGAACAGCAGGGGAGGAGCUCUAACGAAUCACGAUAAAUAAGAGAUGGAAAGAAGUUUCUCUUCAGUCUGCCUUCUCUGCAGCUACAGCCAAGGACAGGUAGUCUCAGCCUCAGCACAGCACCUCUCUCCCUGCUGCUCCCUCUGCCCAAGCAGGUAGGAUGGGCAUAGAGCUCUACCUGGACUUGCUCUCACCACCCUGCCGAUCCGUCUACAUCUUUGUCAAGAAGAACAACAUCCCCUUCACAUUCAAACAAAUGGAGGUACUCAAAGCUCAUAGCAAUUGGUUAUAACAUCUUUGAGGACAUGCCCAAGCUGGUGGAGUGGCACAAUCGAGUGGAGAAAACUGUGGGGAAGGAGCUUUUCCAGGAAGCACAUAAAGUGAUCCUGAAUUUCCAAGAUUUGAACAGCAUGCUGACUGAGCCACAACUAAAAGAACAAAUGAAACCUAGGCUGCUGAAGAUGGUGGCCUGAAAUGUUUAUUUUAAAAAAUGGUAACAGUACAUUUCUUUCUUUUGCAUCUUCUAGUUUCCUAGCUCUAUGUGUGGCUGCUCUUAGCUGUGAGGGAAGAACUCCACAUCAUAUGGGAAAAGAAACACUUCCAUGGCCCAUCUCUCUCUGCUCAGCUACAGAAACUGAGGAAGAGUCUUAAAAUGUAGCUGUAAUUCCAAAAAAUGGUGCUGUAAAAGGGGUGGGUUCAUUGUUUACUGCCUUGAAAGUGACUCCAGACCAAAUUGCUCGGAAGACUCUUGCAGAUAGACUAGUUUACAGCAAUCCCUGUUCCUCCUAGAAAAUGCAGAGCAGGAAUCCUAGCAACCUGUGUAUAUCAAAAUAAACAAAAACUAUGGAGAUUGUUUCCAACUGUAAUUCAACCUUGUGCUCAGAGCCCUAAAGCUUUUUCAUACUGCUAUGUAACAGUCAUAUGUGUGAUAAAUAAAAAGGCAGCAAAUCAUGUGAUUUCCUUUCA